UCAAAAGAUGUCAUAAAAUUUUGUGAAUAUGAAGUUUCAAGUUAUAUUGUUCGUUGGUAUUUUCAUUUUCAAUGUAUUUUGCAUUGACUUUGGUCUUGCAAUACCGGAGUGGUUGAGAUCCCCAGAUGGGCAUGAGUAUCUAAUUGAAACGGACAAGAAGUAUGAAUGGCACGAAGCUUCCAGCGAAUGUAGACGUCGUGGUCUCCGUUUAGUGGAAAUUGAAAAUAUUCACAAAAGCGAUGCAUUGGAUACGUUGUUGAGAAAAACGUUUGAAGACUCAUUACUGGAUUUAUGGAUUGGGGCCACAGAUCUUGAAGUAACCAAGGAAAAAAAUCGCCCAUUUUAUUGGUCAAUGACGGGCAAACGUAUGGCAUUCACAAACUGGUCUAAGGGCCAACCAGACAACCAUAAAGGAAAGGAACACUGUGUUCACAUUUACAGUCCGUAUAACUUAAAAUGGAAUGAUGCCCCGUGUACCAUGAAACAAGGUUUCAUUUGCGAGGAAAGAUUCACAACUAAAUAAUUGAUGUGCCAACUGAAUAAAUACGAAUUAUAUUUUUA